UUCAUAUUCGAUUCCCGUGCACAAUUUUCGCAAUGAGAAAUGGCUCGGAUUUUACCAUUUGCGCGUUCGGGAGUGUCUGUGUGUUCCGUACUCAGGAAUGUCAUUUUAUGUUGUUGAAACUGUAACUAUUUACAAGGACUAAAAUGCAAGCUCUUUUGGAGAAACAGCGAGCUAGGAUGGCGAAUAUUGCUCAGUACAGUGUCCCUCAGCAGAAGAUGUCCACAAUGGCGUCACUGGAGAACGGGUGGGACGAGCACUUCGCGUUCAACGUGCCACGUGACGACCGCACACGUGCCUCGAAGUUGAGCUCGCGGAACGGACGCGCGAGCCCCACGCACAGCGCCCACGGGAACCUCAUACGCCACAGCAUCCUCAAGGUCAUCGAGGACAAGAAGGCGAAGAAAGUCCGUUUCUAUAGAAACGGGGACCGGUUCUUUAAAGGAAUGGUGUACGCGGUGUCGCCGGAGCGAUUUCGGACGUUUGAAUCUUUGAUGGCAAACCUGACUGAGAGUCCUAUAGGGGACAAAAAUAUUCUUCCAAACGGUGUAAGGCACGUAUUUUCCAUAGAUGGGUCCCGAAAGGUGACGAGACUCGAGGACUUGGAGGAAGGGGAGAGCUAUGUCUGUGCCUCUACGGAUGUUUUUCGGCGAGCCGAGUACGACAACACUGUGUCCCCCGCGUGGAAUUCAAACGCCUUGAACAAGUCCAAAUCUCGAGAAACCUCGUCAAUCAGUACGAGAGGACCACAGGACUAUCUGUCAGCGAGAGACACGGACGCAGACGAAAACAGGGACUUUAUACGACCGAAGCUUGUGACUAUCAUCAGAAACGGUUCGAAGCCCCGAAAGGCGGUACGCGUUCUCCUGAACCGGAAGACGGCGCAUUCGUUUGAUCAAGUGCUGACGGAUAUAACAGACGCAAUAAAGCUAGACUCGGGGUCGGUAAAGCGCAUCUUCACUUUAGAUGGGCGACCGGUUUCAACGUUAUCAGAUUUUUUCCUGGACGAGACGAUCUUCGUGGCAUACGGCCCUGAGAGGUACUUCAAUGACGACUUCGAUCUCGACGAAAAUGAAGUAAAAUACGUGACGCCAUAUAAACCCCGCCCUCAGACGGAAAGAGUGACGUUACGGUCGGCAAGUAGACGCUCGGCGUCGUCGAAAAAUCUGACAGAAGAUGCCGGUUACCUAAGUCCUCGAAGUUCACCUAAAACUCCAAGGAAAGUUCGAGCUGUUUCUGCGCCGAAGUACAGAGUAUUCAAUGGUCCGAAUGGAGAGGAGUUUGAAGGUGGCCCUCCGACACUGGCGCAGACUUACGAUAUCGGCAGGAAGAUAGGAGAAGGCAACUUCUCCAUAGUCAAAGAAUGCAUCCACAAGCGAACAAAUAAACGAUACGCACUGAAGAUUAUUGAAAAGGAGAAAUGCAGAGGGAAGGAGCAAAUGAUUCAGAACGAGGUUGCCAUUUUGAAGCAGGUGAAGCACCCGAACAUCGUGGAGCUGGUGGAGGAGUUCGACUCCCAUACGGAACUCUUCCUGGUCAUGGAACUCGUCAAGGGCGGUGAUCUGUUCGAUGCAAUUUCCAUGUCAACCAAGUACACGGAAAAGGACGCAUGCGCAAUGGUGGGCAAUCUAGCCAGCGCACUGGAAUAUCUUCACGGCAAUAGUAUUGUUCACAGAGACAUCAAACCGGAAAAUCUACUCGUGUGUGAUCAUGGCGACGGCAAUAAAUCCCUAAAACUUGGAGACUUCGGCCUGGCGACAUACUGCACGGAGCGCCUGUAUGUCGUGUGCGGUACCCCCACGUACGUGGCGCCGGAAAUACUGAAAGAGACCGGAUACGGUUGUCAGAUAGACGUGUGGGCCGCGGGAGUCAUUAUGUACAUUCUUCUAUGUGGCUUUCCACCUUUCUCGAGUGCCAAGAACGACAAUGAAGAACUGUUUGACGCCAUCUUGGAGAAGAAAGUUGAAUUUCCGGCUGCAUACUGGGACAAUAUCUCGUCUGAUGCUAAGGAGCUCAUCAAGGGGAUGCUGCAGAAGAAUCCGGAUGAACGGAUGACCGCUCACCGGGUUACGGUGCACAACUGGGUCACAGCAGAAAAAGCGUCCGAGAAAGACAUUCACGCUGCAAUCGCCUCCGAGAUCAAGUCUCACUUCAACCGGAAGCCUAAGCCCUCCAUGAGUUCCGCUGGUAUCCGUCUCGUAGCGGCCACGGCCCUCGAUAAACAGUCGCGCUUCUUCGAAGGCCGGAAGCAGGCAAAAUUGACACUUCCGGCUGAGUCGAUUGCUUCUGGUCAAGGUGACAUCAAGCAUGAAAUUUUCUAAUGAAAAAAGAAAGUUCACCCUUUGUUUUUGCUUAAAAUAUGAAUAUGCACGGAUACUUUAUGGGUCAUCCGGAAAGAGAAAACUAAGUUAGUAAUGUAUUACAGACAGCUUUAUUUAGCCAGAAAAACAAUACUUAAACAAUCUCCCUUUGUAAGUGGUUCAGGGUGUUUUAGACGAUUUAAUAUAUUAAAUUUUCUAUUCAACACUUCUUCAUAUUUAUCCCGAAAUUUUCUAAUUGUUCCUGCCUUUAAAAAAAACAAGCACAGGUGCUUAAAACAGUGUGACUGUAAACGGCGCUACUGUGAAUGAUGGUGUAUUGCAAGUAUUUCAUUAUUUAAUAGAAUGCAGAUGCCAUUGUCGGGACAUGGAUUCAUUUUCUGAUACAUGUAUCUCAACGUGUUGCAAUACUAUUAUGGACUUGUUUGUUUGUUUCUGCGUAACGUAUCGCCCCUGUAAAGUGUGUAAUAUCGGAUAUGUUUUUUUCGAAGAAAUAACAUAUGGAGGACGUAAUCAAAGUGCGAUUCGCCCUUUAUGAUGUUUGUGUGUGCCUGGGAGAACCAGUUGCCAUAUGUACAAGGAAUGGUUUGUUAAAUUCAUCCUUCUGGUUGUCCCCACUCACUCCAACAGUAAAGCGCUUAAGCAAAAUUUAAAAUAUCAAUUUCUUCUCACUAAAAUGUAUACAUGUAAAUCAAUCUAACAAAAAACUUCGGUAUUGUGUGGAAACAAAUUGUAUACCAAAUGUGUGCAUUCAAGUUUUAAGUAUAUAUAUAUAUAUUUAACAUGGUUCUUUGUAUAUAGAGGUCAAUCAGCCAUCUGUAACACAAUUGACUUUUUAAAAAAACAACUGUUUUUAAUAACUGUAAAUGUAUUGCACGUAAUUACAUAUAUCAUUGUAGCAGUAUUAUAUAAUAAGCUUUAUAGUUUAGAAUACCUUAACAGCAUUCAAUACGUGUGCUAUUGUACGAUAUUUUGAUUUGAUGUUGUGUUUUUUUGCGUUUAAAGCAAGUCAUUCAUGGUGCUUAUUCUGCGAGUUGGUCUGUAUAAACACUUGUUAUAAUUGCAUUUAUUUAUUUAAAAAAUAUAUGAGUUAUGAAUUUAUGUCUUCACUUGCUAUAUAUAAAUAUACUAAGCAUUAUUUGUAUGCAUUGUUGUAGAAAUAAAAUGAGAAAAUGCUUCA